GGUGGCCCUUUACCCCGACGCCUAGGGCUCUCCCUUGGGCAUUUGCUCCCCGAAGCCUGCGAGUCUUAUUGAGCGCAGGGAUUUAGAGAGACGUGAUCGGUGAGUGAGGCUGGAACGAAUCCUUCGCGGAACCAUUGACGCGAGGCCUCUGGGAGCGCGUAGAGGAACUGACUGCGGCGGGCCGGGCCAGACCCGCGGGGAUGGCAGCGGGGUCGGGCGACGCGGGGCUGGGGGUCGCCAUCCCAGUGGAGCUGCGGCGCGAGAGGCGCAUGGUGUGCGUGGAGUACCCAGGCAUGGUGCGUGACGUGUCCAAGAUGCUGACGACCCUGGGCGGCGAAGAAGGCGUCUCCCGGAUCUACACAGACCCCUCCAAGAGGCUGGAGCUGUACUUCCGGCCCAAGGACCCCUACUGCCACCCUGUGUGUGCCAAUCGCUUCAGUACCAGCAGCUUGCUGCUCCGGAUCAGGAGGAAGACAAAACGGCAGAAGGGGGCGCUGGGACCCGAGGCCCAGCCCAAGGUCACCUUGGACAUGGAGAUCCUCGGCAUUGUCUCCACCAUUUACAAAUUUCAAGGAAUGUCCGACUUCCAGUACUUGGCAGUGCACACGGAAGCGGGCAGUGGUCACACAUCAAUGUAUGACAAAGUGCUCAUGCUGAAGCCCGAGAAGGAGGCUUUCUUCCACCAGGAGCUGCCGCUCUAUAUCCCCCCGCCCAUCUUCUCGCGGCUGGACACCCCGGUGGACUACUUCUACCGCCCGGAGACGCAGCACCGGGAAGGCUACAACAACCCCCCCAUCUCCGGAGAGAACCUGAUUGGCCUGAGCAGGGCCCGGCGCCCCCACAACGCCAUCUUUGUCAACUUCGAGGAGGAUGAGGUGCCUGUGCAGCCGCUGGAGGCUGCCGUCCAGACGUGGAGGAGGAUCUGCACCAACCCCCUGGACCGCAAGGUGGAGGAGGAGCUGCGGAAGCUUUUUAACAUCCGUCCCAUCUGGUCCCGGAACGCCGUCAAGGCCAAUAUCAGCGUCCACCCUGACAAGCUCAAGGUCUUACUGCCCUUCAUGGCUUAUUACAUGAUAACAGGCCCCUGGAGAAGCCUGUGGGUUCGAUAUGGGUACGACCCCCGAAAAAACCCAGAUGCCAAGAUUUAUCAAGUCCUUGAUUUCCGAAUCCGUUGUGGAAUGAAAUACGGUUACAUCCCCAGCGACAUGCCUGUGAAGGCCAAGCGCAGCACCUACAACUACAGCCUUCCCAUUACCAUCAAAAAGAUGCCCAGCCAGCUUGUCACCAUGCAUGACCUGAAGCAGGGCCUGGGCCCAUCGGGGACGGCUGGCGCUCGGAAAUCCACCUCCAACAAGUACAAGCUCAAGGACUCAGUCUACAUCUUCCGGGAGGGGGCCUUGCCGCCAUAUCGACAGAUGUUCUACCAGUUAUGCGAUCUGAACGUGGACGAGUUGCAGAAGAUCAUUCAUCGCAACGACGGGGCCGAAGAGUCCUGCACGGAGCGGGAUGGCUGGUGCCUCCCCAAGACCAGCGACAGCCUGAGGAACGCCAUGUCCCUCAUGAUCCGGCAGACCAUCCGCUCCAAGAGGCCUGCUCUCUUCUCCAGCCCAGCCAAGGCUGACGGUGGCAAAGAGCAGCUGACAUACGAGUCUGGGGAGGACGAGGAGGAGGAGGAGGAGGACUUCAAGCCAUCCGACGGGAGUGAAAAUGAGAUGGAGACGGAGAUGCUGGACUACGUGUGAGCAGCCCUGGGCCCCAGGCGGGGCCUCGCUGACCAGGCAGGACUCCCAGUGCCGCCCAUCGUCACCAGAACGGCCCCGGAGGCCCCUCUGAGGAGCUGGGUGCAGCUGACCCAGCUCCUGCCUGUGACCUGCUCUUCGGCUGCCGUCUUACCCUGGGUGCUCGGGGACGUCCCUGCGAAGGAAGUGCCCUGGCUCCCGCAGCCAUGACCCAGCCCAGUGCCCGGCGGGCUGAGGCCCCCACUCCUCCCUCUGGUUGAGACCAGCAAGUGUGGAGGUGGCGAUGGUGCAGCUGGAGGCCUGGUCUUGGCUUGGGUCUCAUGACCGAUGGCAGAGACGGCACAAGGAGCCUGGUCCACGGUCACAGAUGGCCAGAGGCUGUCCUGGGCUUUGGGUCCCAUCCAUUUGGGGUCACCUGGCAAAGGCCGGGCCGCCUCGAAUUGUCCUCAUUAAAUACAUUUUCCAAAAGAGAUGUGGUGUGAGUGUGGGUGUCGGAGCUCUUGGAGCUCUUGCCGUGGGGCUUGGCUCCCGCUGGGCCUUCAUUCAGUGACCUCAUGUGGUCAACGCUGGGAGGUGGGAACAGGCCUGAGGCCCCUCGCCAGGCGGGUGGGGUGAGCGCCCCCGGAAGUAGCCCCAGGUCCCAGAGGGUCUUGCACCCUUAUGUUCAUCCUGCCAGAUGGACGCCUUCUGGAGAGGUUUGUGGGAAACAGACCUUGUCCCAUGGCUGCAUGGAGUGAAACCACUGGCAGCGAAGGGUCCCCGGUGGCGCUGAGCCUGCCCUCCCACACUCCCACAGAGUGGCCUGAGCUGGAGGUGAGCCUGUCACCUGCUUGCUCAGCCAGCAGACUGGGCCAUUGCUGUUGAAUCAAAAAUUGCUACAAGUAUAUAGUGCUGUCUCCAAAUCACUGUUUUCUCUGUGGUUAGAACGUCUGCUGACAUACACUCAGGUUCCCUAUAAUUUUUAAAUGGGUAUUUCUCUGCUUGAAAACAAAUGUUAAAUGUUUCUUCUGGAGCACCUUGUAAACAGUAAGAUAAGAACUGUGGACCCUGAUAUUUAUGGUGCCGCGAACUUGUCAUAUACUCUCUGAGCAAAGGUACCAAUGGGGGAAGUUCACACGUCCGGACUUCCCAGCUGUUGAGUGGCAGCCCCAGGCUUGAGUCUGUGUCUGUCUGUUGCAACGUCUGCCUUGUGUGAUGUCAACACAGGUGUGUUUGACCUCACAGAAUGUGCUCCAACCUGGGAAAAAAAUUCUUUUAAGUAUUUGCCUAAGCUCUAUAUGCCAUUAAAUCAAUUGGGUGCGUUUUCUACGUUGUCAAUCGUAUCAAUUCAGAACUGUGUUACUUGUAGCCUAGACCUUUUGGAAAGCCAUACACCCUCCAAGCGUCCAACGAUAGCCAUGGAACCUUUCCACAGAAAAAUGGCACACUGGAAAUAUGUGCAUCCAAUUUCAGGGGCAUCUCAGGCCCCCAAGGUCUGUCCUUGAACUUCCUGACAGGUCCACGGACCAGGAUUCAAAACUCCCAUUGCCCCAAAUUAUUUCCCUCUUAACUAUGUUUAACCUUAUUUGACUGGUAAACUCA